GUGGCUGGGGCAAGUGCAGAGCAAGGACCAGAAGCCAGCCCCAGGGGGUGACCAGGUCGUAAAGGCGGAAAAGCAAAGGCCAGCCUCACCCUGAGUGCCCUCCCCCCGCGAUGGGCGUGCAGCCCCCCAACUUCUCCUGGGUGCUCCCGGGCCGGCUAGCCGGGCUGGCACUGCCGCGGCUUCCUGCGCACUACCAGUUCCUGCUGGACCUGGGCGUGAGGCACCUAGUGUCCCUGACGGAGCGUGGACCCCCUCACAGCGACAGCUGUCCGGGCCUCACGCUGCACCGGCUGCGCAUCCCUGACUUCUGCCCGCCGGCCCCGGAACAGAUCGACCAAUUUGUGAAGAUCGUGGACGAGGCCAACGCCAGGGGAGAGGCUGUUGGAGUGCACUGCGCCCUGGGCUUUGGCCGCACUGGUACCAUGCUGGCCUGCUACCUGGUGAAGGAGCAGGGCUUGGCUGCAGGAGAUGCUAUCGCUGAGAUUCGGCGCCUGCGGCCAGGAUCCAUUGAGACCUAUGAACAAGAGAAAGCCGUUUUUCAGUUCUACCAGCGAACAAAAUAAGAGAUUCACCCGCUCUCCUGCUGCAGAUGGGAAAUGUGGCCAGGGAGGAAGGGAAGUGGGCUAAAGUACCUGCAUCGUUCAGCUCCCUUUGCCUCCCGCUGGACAGAAGUAGUCUUUCCCUGAAGCCAUAACCUGAUUGACAGAGUGGCUGAGACCCCAUGAAUAUGAGUUAAUAUCUAAUUAGAACUCAUUUACGCUACAUAGAAUUUACAUAGCACUCCCAAUACAUCAACUCCAUGUAGCCCUGGGUCAUAGAAAAUAUAAAAACCAUUCUGUUCUUUGGAUGGGGUGACUAGAGCUCGGAAAGGCUUAUGGUCACAAUUCUGGAAAAUAGAAGUAUGGGCCAGGACUGCAACACACACCUUUGUCUCCUUGAAGAUGCUGAAAUUCUAGGUGCUGACCCCUGGUCUUAGGGUUUCUGGAGAACUGGUCAAUGAAAGAGAGCUCCCAGUCUACGGCCACCCAGCUUCCAACAGUCUCAGGGCCCUACACUGCCACACCAGGGGUGCCCUUGUUGGUGUCACCUUUGUUCUCUCAGGGUACAGAAGACUUGGAUGUCACAAAUCUCCUUCCACACUCCCUCCUUCCCUGUCUCCCCCCAGAGCUGGCCACUCUUACCAGCCUUAGAUACACUCGGCUCAUCUGUUACCUCCAGCCCCUGUGUCAUCCCCAACCUCAGGCCCAGGAAUGCCGGAACUGCAUCUUGGUGGUUAUACAAAGUGGAUAUUAAAUAAUCAAAUAAAUAAC